CCCCCCAGGAGUAUAUCCGUCACAGGCUAGAGGAGGAGCAGCGACAGCUCGAGAUCCUUCAGCAACAGCUGCUCCAGGAACAGGCCCUACUGCUGGUAACGGGGUCCCCAGCCGCCUCUGGGAAGAUGCGUAUUCAGAGUGUCUCUGCUGGAAUGGGAUGGGAACCCUUCAGGGGAAGGGGUUCACCCCAGCAUCGAGGGAAGACAUCGCCUCUCUAGGCAGUUGGAGCAGAGCAAGGGCACGGCUGCUCUAGCUUCCAGGCCACGCCCUGCUGAGCCCUCUCUCCCCACCCUUGGGCCCAGGAAUACAAGAGGCAGCAGCUGGAGGAGCAGCGGCAGUCGGAGCGCCUGCAGAGGCAGCUGCAGCAGGAGCACGCCUACCUCAAGUCCCUGCAGCAGCAGCAGGCCCUGCCCGCGGACAGGAAGCCCCUGUACCAUUACGGUCGGGGCGCUAACCCUGCCGACAGACCGGCCUGGGCCCGAGAGGUAGAAGAGAGAACGAGGAUGAACAAGCAGCAGAACUCUCCCUUGGCCAAGACCAAGCCAGGCAGCACAGGGCCUGAGCCCCCCGUCCCCCAGGCCUCCCCUGGGCCCCCAGGACCCCUUUCCCAAACUCCUCCUAUGCAGAGGCCGGUGGAGCCCCAGGAGGGACCACACAAGAGCCUGGUGGCACACCGGGUCCCACUGAAGCCAUAUGCAGCGCCUGUACCCCGAUCCCAGUCCCUGCAGGACCAGCCCACCCGAAACCUGGCUGCCUUCCCAGCCUCACACGACCCCGACCCCACCGUGCCCGCACCCACUGCCACGCCUAGUGCCCGAGGAGCCGUCAUCCGCCAGAACUCAGACCCCACUUCCGAAGGGCCUGGCCCCAGCCCGAACCCCCCAGCCUGGGUCCGGCCUGAUAAUGAGGCCCCUCCCAAGGUGCCUCAGAGGACUUCAUCUAUCGCCACUGCCCUUAACGCCAGUGGGGCUGGAGGGUCCCGGCCAGCCCAGGCUGUCCGUGCCAGACCUCGCAGCAACUCCGCCUGGCAAAUCUAUCUGCAAAGGCGGGCCGAGCGGGGCAACCCCAAGCCUCCAGGGCCCCCUGCUCAGCCCCCUGGCCCGCCCAACGCCUGUAGGUAAUGGAGCCGUCCCCGCACUACUCACUCCUGCCACCUGCUUCCCCUGGUGAUGGCUCCCUCUGCGGCGCAGCUCAGCCUCCCCGGGCGGGGACACCCUGUCCCCCUGACCCUGCCUCUGCC